AUGGUUCUCAGUACAGCAGUGGAAUGGCAAGGGGUGACUCGUUACCGUAUUCUUCCGGCGACUAAUUCAAUUGAAACGGAGUCUCCUCUGUACGUGGAAUUCGAAGUGACAACCAAAAUAAUGCAAGAUGGUGCUAGCGUGCGAAAUUUGAGCGAUAUGCGAUAUGGACCUUCGAUGGUGGAAAUUCGACUGUCCGCAAAAACAACUCGUCCUUUGUUGGUCUCGAACGAUACGGCCGAAUAUUUCGCUUUCCUUCAAAAUUGA